AUGGCGCUGCUUCUGCCGCAGCUGGUGCAACUGCUCCUGCGCCACCCGCUCCUCCUCUACCGCCUCCACCAACUCCGCCUGCAACCGCUGCAGCGCCACCUUCGCUGCCUCCUUGUCCUGCGGCGAGCGUGCCGCCUUGAGCUUGGCACCGCGCGGGGCGCCGCCACCGCCGGUGAUGGAGCCGCCGGGCUCCGCAAGUUCACCACGCAGCGUUACGACGCGGUGACGCUGCGGACCACCGAACGCCACCUCACGCGCCUCGCCAAGGUCCCGCACCACCAGUGUGUCGCGCACCGCCUGGUAAAAGGCGAUGCGGAAGCGCACGUUCGUCGGCGAAAUGAGAUCGAAGAGGCGUCUCGCCUUCGGGCUCGGUGA